AUGGCUGUCGCACCCAAAUUCGCUGCCCAGAAGCUUCGUCUCGGCACGGCCGCUUCGUCGUCGGCGGCGGCCGUCUCGCCUGCGGUCCACACGCUCGAGUUCUACCUCGACUACGUCUGCCCGUUCUCCGCCAAGCAAUUUCUCACCCUCUACAACACCAUCGUGCCCCUGAUCAAGUCCAACCCGACUUGGGCGUCGCAGGUCGAAAUCAUCUUCCGGCACCAGGUCCAGCCCUGGCAUCCCUCCUCAACCCUGGUCCACGAAGCCGGCGUUGCCGUGCAGCGCGUGAGCCCCGAGAAGUUUUGGGCUUUCAGCGAGGCGCUCUUUAAGGAUCAAAAGGCUUAUUUCGACGUGAAUGUGGUCAACGAAACAAGAAACCAGACGUAUAAACGCCUCGCAAAGCUUGCAGGCAGUGUUGGCGUCGACGAGGGAAAGAUAUAUGACUUGUUGGCGAUCAGCGACAAGCCUGGCGAGGACGGUAGCUUGAACACGGGCAACAAGGUGACGAACGACUUGAAGCUCCUCAUUAAGGCUGCUCGCCUUGUUGGGGUGCACGUUAGUCCAACUGUCUUAUUUGAUGGUCUCGUUGCCGGCGAUAUAAGCUCCGGCUGGACAAAGGAGCAAUGGGAGGAGUGGCUCGGCAAAAACCUAGUUUGA